AUGUCCUCUCUCUCAAAUCCAGCACACUCAACUCAAACUCCGUUAGAUAAGCAUUCGAGGGAAAAUGGCGUUGGCAACUCCAAACAAAUACAAACACCCAAGUCUCCUAGUCGCCCAAAAUAUUCGCAAUCUCUGAAAAAGGCGUUGGAAACAGUUGAUAGAAAUCGGCGAGAGUCUUCGGUAUCGGAGAGUGAUAGUUUGGAGGAUUAUGAUACUUUAAAACCAGAUCCGACGUCCAUAAUUACAAGAGGAAAAGGUGGAAUCCUCGACACUGAUAUUGAUAUGCCGGAAAUAUCACAGACGGUAUAUGCAGAAUUAAAGGUUCAGUCCCAGCAAUCACGGCAAGGCGCGAGAAGGCGCAAAAGUAUUCCGGUGACUCUUAACAAGCUUCAGAAAAAUGGGCAAGGAAUUUAUACUUUUGAGGCGGAUGACAAUGAGUUACGGGAUCUUCUAAAGGGCACUGUCGCGCACUAUGCACAAGAUAUCGCAUCAGGAGAAUCAAAGAAACGGACAAAAUUCAGUGACUUGGUUUUUACCAAGAAAUUUACUGCCUUCGAUCGACAUAACAAUAUCGUUGCCGACUCUCCUUUCCAUGGCUUCUUUACAUUGGGCUGGCUUGCGUUCGUCGUUUUCGUACUCCAACUUGCUUUUGCGAAUUGGCGAGUGCAUGGAAACAUACUUGGUACCAAUGAAAUUAUGGAAAUGAUGUUCCACCGAGACGUCAUAAUUCUAGGUCUUUCUGAUGGUGUGAUGUGUUUCUCUACGGGUUUUGGACUUGUUUUACAGAAAUUAAUAUACCGAGGAAACAUUGACUGGAAUAGAGAAGGCUGGAUCAUUCAGAGUGCUUGGGAAAUAUUAUAUCUCUCAUCAGUAGUAAGUUGGACACUGUUUCGAGAGUGGCCAUGGACACACACAGUCUUUUUUGUCCUCCAUGGAAUUGUCAUGUUGAUGAAACAACACUCUUACGCUUUUUACAAUGGUCACCUAUCAGAACAAUACAAGACUCGUUCUAAGCUUCAACGCAAAUUGAAGCAGCUUGAUGAUAUUUCGCCAGUACAGACACCUUCCGCUACAACACCAGCCGCUUCUUCAUUGUCUACUUCUCAUCUUGAUGCUAGACCUACGUCUGAUGACAUCUAUCAGAGGGUUUCCGAUCGAAGGCGUUCUAUUGUCGACUCUGCUACUGACCAAGUAGCUGCUGCAAUUGAUUCUGGUGAGCCUCUUGAUGUUGAUCAAGUCCAGACGUUUGCACGAAUUCUCAAAUGGGAGAUCGAUUUCUUGGGUAAAGAACUCGAAGGAAAAUGUACGACAUCCAAGAAUCAGUACCCGAAUAAUCUCAGUUUAGUCAAUCAUUACGAGUACAUCGUUCUUCCAACUUUGGUUUAUGAACUGGAAUAUCCACGAUCCGACGAUAUCGAUUGGUAUAAUGUAGCCGAGAAGAGUAUUGCGACGGCUGGUCUCUUGAUCGUCAUGAACCUUAUCUCGCAAACUUACAUCUAUCCCAUUGUAGUUAAAACGAUCGAGAUGAAAGAAUCCAAUCUAACAUCUCUCGAGCGCCUCCGUCAUUUUCCGGGUAUAUUCAGUGACUUGGCCUUCCCAUUUCUGGCUGAAUAUAUCCUGACAUGGUAUGUGAUUUGGGAAUGUAUUCUCAAUCUCCUCGCCGAAUUAACCUGUUACGCUGAUCGAGGCUUUUACGAAGCCUGGUGGAACUCGGUAUCUUGGGAUCAAUUCGCGCGCGAUUGGAAUCGACCAGUUCAUAAUUUCCUCCUGCGACACGUUUACCAUUCUUCGAUUUCGAGUCUGAGAGUUGAUAAAAAGACGGCGACGCUUAUUACUUUCUUUCUGAGCGCCUGUGUUCAUGAGCUGGUUAUGUGGUGUAUCUUUAAAAAAUUGAGGGGAUAUCUACUGGUGUUGCAAAUGUGUCAGAUUCCGUUGACGAUCAUGAGUCAGACGAAGUGGAUGAAGGGGAAGAAGACGUUGGGGAAUGUACUUUUUUGGAUAGGAAUUUUCACCGGACCAAGUCUUUUGUGUAGUCUUUAUUUGGUUAUUUAG